CGAUUAAGUCGGUAGGUCUGGCUCAGCCUGGCUUGAAGACCUAAAAUAAAUGCUAACUUUCUUAGUGUUUAGCUCUAAAUGCAUUUAUGUGCUGUGUUAAUAGCAAAUAUAUAAUUGCCGCGUUUUCUUAAUUCAUAAGAAGUACUUUAAAUAGUUUUAUUAUGAGUUAUCUUUAGAUAAACCCUGAAACCACAGGUAGAUACACACAUUAUACAUUGUAUCAAGAAACUGAUAUGGGUUUUUCUUUUCUUCCGCGUCUUUAUAUAUCCAAGUAUUCAAAGCGAAACAAGGAUAUUUUUUAAAAAGCAGAUGAUUCAAGUUUAACUAUUCUUUAAGUUUUAGUGUGGUUUUUAUUGAAUGGUGCUUGUUAUCUUGCGUGUUUAACACUUGUCGUUGUAUAUGUUAGACAUGCUGAACAAGUUAAUAGCAACGGAUUAUGAAUGAGUUUCCUUGGGAUCUAAGUAAUGCAGGUUUACCUAAGCGAUCAAGAUGUGCCGACGCGUGGCACCUACCCGAUACGCCGAAAUGCAGGAAGAGAGGGACGGUCGGGCGAAAACAGGUGCGCAAAGUGUGACAUACAGUGUGAGACACCGAGAAAACUUCCGUGUGGACAUAUGUUCUGUAAACACUGCUUGAAAAGUUACUUUUCUUCUCUGAGUUUACCGGAUGUUCAAAAAACGUUCCGGUGCCCGCGGUGCAGAUUUUCGGUUGAGUCUCCUUCACUGCCGUUGUCCAAAUGGGCAAAAGCUUUUAAGAUGGACAAACGCACGAAGUUUUACUCUACUCCGCCUAAAUUGCCAACAGACGCAGAUGCUACAACACAAGCACCAUCCCAACACACCGGAACACGACACAACGUAGCAUCACGCAGAGCAAAAAGCGGGAAGAUCUCGCGCGACGCCUGUCACCGGACGGCCAUCUACAGCCGGCAUCACGAGGAGGACGGCUUCUUCGCAGGCGCCGAGGGGGGCGGUGGACGCUGCCUCUUCUGGGCGGCCGACUGCCUGCCCGAUCGAUGUCUGGUACUGGCGGACUGGCUGAACCAAUGUGUUAAGCUGUACGGGCCUUCAAAAAAGUCCAUUACACACUUCAAGUUGCCAAGUCAACCUUUGAGUGUAUCCUAUCUCCAUGACGACAUUUUGCUGACGUCACUAGGCAGUCGUGACGACAGGAUUCUAUUCUUAAAAGUAAAUCGAGAGCCUGCAGUUCAAAUGCAUGUCACAAGCGUCAAACGCUUACAUGACUCUCAUCUAUAUAGCACUACAAGGUUUGUCAAGAAGUGUUUCGGAUUGUUCGAGACACCGGACAGGAAAGUCUACAUCGGGAUCAUACAGACAGAAAUGAAUAAAACCGGAACCAAGUUUAACAUUGGAAUCACUGGAACGAACACAAAAGUUGAGAACCUGAAUUUGGAUCCGUCCGUCUGUCUGUCAUCCGGCUCCAAUCUCCACUACAGCCACGCUCUGGACCGUCUCUUUAUAACAGAAAAUCGGACACUAUAUUGCCUUAAAAACAAUGGAAAGCUCUUGUACAAACGGACGUACAGUCAACAAAGCACAGAGAACUACCCAUUGGGUGCCAUCACUUCCGACACCCAGGGCAGCGUAUUCAUAGCCGCCAACAAUCAAAUUCUACAUGUUAACUCCGACGGUGACCAACUGGAAGUCAUUCCGACGAAGAUCGACCCGUAUUUUCUGUUGUGCACAGAAAAUGACCAUCUACAUAUAUUUGGAUAUGGGGAUCAAGUGUUAACGAUGACAUUCACUUAAUAACUAUGUGCAUGUUGUUUGUUCAUGUUAAUUAUGAACACACUUUUAUUGAACAUCAAAAUAAACUUUAACACAGACUUAAAUGGAAAUUUGUCCAUAAGAAUUAACAUUUCAAGA